GUGCUGCGGCGAGCUCCUUCCAAAAGAAAAUGGGGUUUGGUGUAAAUCUGGGGGUGUAAUGUUAUCAUAUAUCACGCUACCUCGUAAAACCGACACUGAAAGCUGCCGGACAACAAAUCACAGGUCAAAAUUAUGAGUUCUUCGUAUUAUGUGAACGCGCUUUUUAGCAAAUAUACGGCGGGGGCUUCUCUGUUCCAAAAUGCCGAGCCGACUUCUUGCUCCUUUGCGCCCAACUCGCAGAGAAGCGGCUACGGGGCGGGCGCGGGCGCCUUCGCCUCCACGGUGCCGGGCUUGUACAAUGUCAACAGCCCCCUCUAUCAGAGCCCUUUCGCGUCGGGCUAUGGCCUGAGUGCCGAUGCCUACGGCAACCUGUCCUGCGCCUCCUACGACCAAAACAUCCCCGGGCUCUGCAGUGACCUCGCCAAAGGCGCCUGCGACCAGGCGGACGAGGGCGCGCUGCGCGGCCCGGCCGAGGCGAAUUUCCGCAUCUACCCUUGGAUGCGGUCUUCAGGACCCGACAGGAAGCGGGGCCGCCAGACCUACACUCGCUACCAGACUCUGGAGCUGGAGAAGGAAUUCCACUUCAACCGCUACCUGACCCGGCGCCGCCGCAUCGAAAUCGCCCAUGCGCUCUGCCUCACCGAGCGCCAGAUCAAGAUCUGGUUCCAGAACCGCCGCAUGAAGUGGAAGAAAGAACAUAAAGACGACAGUCCAGCCCCCACUGCAGCCCCUGAGGGCACCGCCGUGCCCUCGGCUGCCAGCACUGCCGCCGCCGCCGCCGCCACGGCUGACAAGGCCGAAGAGGAGGAGGAGGAUGAAGAAGAGGACGACGAGGAGGAGGAAUAAGGGGCCUAUUCUGGGCCCCUAUCCCCUGCCCUGGACAGUCGGAAAAGAGUCUUUAAGAGACUCACUGGUUUUAUUUACAAAAAAAAAUAUGGGAAAUAAAAAGAAAAUGUAAAAAA